UCUAUAUUCUCUAGCUCCUCUCUUCCCUCUGUACAGCAGCACUUGUUGAAUUCAGCCCUUGGAGAGUAGAAAGCAGGGAGAGAUGAUGAUAAGGAGGCAUUCAGACGGCGCUCAGGCAUACUGUGAGCAGAGAGAAUGGGGUCUUGGAGGAUGUAAAGAUAGGAGGUAGGAAGAGGAAAAGUCAGAGAAGCUUUUUUGUGAGAGACACUUUAGGAGAAAGCGGGAGCCGGCCAGACGGAGGGGAAACAGAGUGCUCUCCUUACUGUCUGUAACUACUCCUCAUCUGUCCUGCUCCUGACUGUGCUUAAAACAGAAGACGUAGAACUAUCUGGGCUAACAGUGAGCAAUAUUUCUGCGUGUUAGUAGCGGAAAAGUUAUGUGCUGGUUUCCUCCAGGUGGAAGAGUGAAAGUCUGAAAGCCCAUCUUCCUCUUCCCCUCCGGCCAACAUGUCCCAGCUGCUCCAUGUGGAGAUCCCGAAUUUUGGAGCCACGGUUCUGGGCUCCCUCAAUGAGCAGCGACUGCUGGGACAUCACUGUGACGUAUCCAUACUCGUCAAAGGUCAAGCUUUUAAAGCCCAUCGGGCCGUUUUGGCAGCCAGCAGCCUCUACUUUCGUGACCUUUUCAGCAGCUCAACCAAGACCCAGUUUGAGCUGCCUUCCUCAGUCACACCUGCUUGCUUUGAGCAGAUCCUUACAUUCUGCUACACAGGGAAGCUAACCAUGGCAGCAAGCGAACAGCUGGUUGUCAUGUACACAGCUGGCUACCUCCAGAUUCAGCACAUAGUUGAAAGAGGCAUGGACCUAAUGUUCAAGGCAAACUCACCUCACUGUGACUCACAAACAGCAGGCUCCCUAGAAGAAGCGGGAUCAGAGCCUCAGAGUCCACUUAAUAACGGCAUCAGCCUGUCGGUGGCUGGCGUUUUGGGAACCCAAAGCUGGUCUACGCCGUCCCUUCUAUUGCCGCAGCGUAAAAUUAAAAUAGAAGUAGGUGACCCAACACCAAUUUCCACACCCUCAGCGCAAAACAAGAUUUCAACCUCAGAGCUGGGGAGUCGUCUGGCUAGGGCCUUCUACACAGCAGCUGGAGGGCAAGUUCCUGGUAUUCCUGCUUUCCACCUACAAGGAACAACAGGGGGUGGAGCAGGGAAUGGAGCAGGUGGAGGAACUAAUGCAGAAAGGUCCAGCCCAGGAGAGUCAAGCCUUCCUACCACAGACAGCCCCACAUCUUACCAGAAUGAUGACGAGGAGUUUGAGGAAGAGCCAUAUGAUGGGAUCACAGAGGAGACCUACAGUCACAUCUAUGGGCGCUCAGCUAACCCCUAUGGAAUCCAAGACAAGCCAGAGUUGGCCGGGAUGCCAUUGGCUUUGGAGAACCGUAACUGCGUCCUCAUCCGCAGAGACCUGGUGGCGCUCCCCGCAAGCCUCAUAAGCCAGAUAGGGUACCGCUGCCACCCUAAGCUCUACACCGAGGGUGACCCUGGCGAGAAGCUGGAAUUAGUUGCUGGAACCCAGGUGUUCAUGACACGAGGCCAGCUUAUGAACUGCCAUCUGUGCGCCGGUAUCAAACACAAAGUGUUGCUUCGCCGCCUCUUAGCCACUUUCUUUGACAGAAAUACUCUUGCAAAUAGCUGUGGGACCGGCAUCCGUUCUUCUACGAGUGACCCAAGCAGAAAGCCCCUGGACAGCAGGGUCCUCAAUGCUGUGAAACUCUACUGUCAAAACUUUAAUCCUAAUUUCAAGGAGAGUGAAAUGAAUGUGAUCGCUGCUGACAUGUGCACGAAUGCACGGCGGGUUCGCAAGAGAUGGCUCCCCAAGAUCAAGUCCAUGCUGCCUGACGGCAUGGAAGUGUACCGCGCAGGCAUGGGAAUGAGUGCUGCUGCUGCUGUUGGUCUGAACCUAGCUCUGGGUGCUCCUCAGUCAGGAGUGCCUCUAACCUUCGAGCACGAUUUGAAGAGCUUAGAGCAAAGGCUGUAUCCAGAUCGCAAGGACCCUAUCAGGACUCAUGCAGGCAGCCCGAGUUCAGGUGCGGCUGGAGCAGAAGCAGAAGGAGAAGGUGAAGCAGCGGUCCAGGAGGAUCAUGAUGAGGAUGACGAUGAAGCUGGAUCAGAGGGAGCCGAUCGAUCACUGGGGGUACCAGUCUUGGUGUCAGUGGUCGGAUCAGGAGACACGCCCCCUGAGCAGGGGGUGGAAAGUUUUGGACAAAAUCUGAGGUUGAACGGACAGUGAAUGUCAUUCUCAUGUUGUGAAAUGUGUUUAACACUCACAUCUUCUUCUCACCGUGUCAUCCAUCACUCUUUCUGCUCCUCUGUGCUUCCUUAACUGAGAUAUUCUGUUUGCCAUACACAAAAGCUGAAUUCACAACUUUUAUCAGCAGAACAGUCGGUCACACAUGCAUGCGCUCGUGUGCGCUUGUGUAUUGACAAAUAAAAAUGUGUAGUGAAAUUAACCCACACAUAGUAAAAGCAUACACAGGCAUGGCAUUAGUUAAUACAGAACAGAAACUUUCUCAGAUCCAAGUAUGUAUUCGGUACUCCGGCUUCUGCAGCCUUAUUAAAGGUCAAAGAGAUGGCUGUAAUCAUUCAUCAUAUCAGCGCUACACCACCAACAGCUAUCUGCCGCAGUUUAUAGUUUGCAAUGUAAUUUUAUUUCAUAAAAAGACUUGGGAGAACUUUAAGACCUCUUUACAGUACAUCGCAUUACCAUUCAGGGAUAUGUGAGAACAUUAUCAGUAUUACAAUUAAAGGCAGGAACUGUGAAAGCACCAUUUAGAAAGUAAGAAAUCAUCUCCUGUCUUUUAACUUACAUUGCUUUUUCCAGCAUCAUCCUCUGAACCUGUCCGCAUUUUGUUACAUUAACUACAAACUUAGCUUAUUUGGAAAUGAUGUGACAGACCAGCAAAACAGAGCACAUAAAUGUGAAUUGGAAAGAAAGGGAUACAUGAUUUUUUUUUUUUUAUCUCCAUUGCAAAAACAAUCUAAAAGGAGUACAAAUUUCUUUUAAAGUGUAUUUACCCUUAAUUUUAUUAGGUAAAUAAGAUGAUCUGCAAAUAGAAUGAGUGUUUACACCCAUAAAAUAAGAUAAUUGGGUAUUAUGCACUUUUUUCUUAUUUUAAAUAUAAAUUGUCCCAUUCUACUGGUAAAGUGUCACACCUACCUGCUCAUUUCAGAAAAAAAGUACUUAUUUUAAGAAAAUGUUUCUUAAUUAGAUUUCAGUUUUGUGCAGUGGUGUCAUCUCAGUGGGCUCCUUGUUCUCCAAUGGACACAUUCAUCUCCACAGCACAAUGCUGCCCCCACCAUGUGUGGAUAGUGUACUCAUGUUAACAUGAAAAGUUGUUUUCUUUAGCAAAAAGAGGAAUGCUGUGUGUCAGCCAAAAGGUUAUGUUUUGAUGCAAGCACCUUUUAUUCAUACAAAGAACAGCUGAACCUCCACUGAGAUGAAAUCAGCACAUAGGGGGUCUUUGUUUACCAAUGAGGCCCUUCCUGAUCUAAAGGCACAUGCCACAGAUUUUUUGUUAAAACAUUUUUUUUUAAAUCAUGCAUCUUAUUUCUUCCACAAUACGAUCAUGUGUGACUGUGUGCUGAUCUGUUAUAAAUUCCCAUUAAAAACAUAAACAGUUAGACCAACUUAAAAUGUGGAAAAGAUCAAGACAUUUUUUUCCCUGCAAAUGCUAUUUCCCUCUUCAGAAUCCAACAAAUCUGUGGCAUAUAUUUUCUGUUUUCUCGGGCAUAUCUGACUGUAACAUAUCAGAUUAUGCUGUCAAUGUGAUGCCUGUGUCUGCUCCAGACUCCACAUCCCAGCCCACACAUAUGUAUGUGCAAACAAACACAUACACUGUUACAUUUCUGUAAUUUUCGCCUUAAAUGUCCGUGCUGAUGUAAUCAAGUGGCACUCUGUCAAAAAGAAUAUGUUGCAUUGCUUUUUAACUCCAAAAAUUACAGAAUUUUUGGAGAUGCAGAGACGUGAACCAUAACAUAAGAUAAUGUCAAGCCUUGCAUGCAUUCAUCCAAACAAUGAAUGGGAAGAAUUGCUGAAGUGAACAGCAAAGCCAUAGCUCUGCAUUGAAAUAAGAUAGCAGCUACUAUUGCCUGGAGCUAUGCCAUCAUAAAUCGGAAGCACUUUUUUCCAAUUUAUUUCUGGAAACAGACUACCAAAUGCCACAAAUGAUCUCGACUUUACUCUGCUUAGACCGUUUUCUGACCCAGACAGAGAAAGUCUGAAUUUAUUGUUUGUAUUUUUAUUUUAUUUGGAGUACUUCUGAAGAGUGUAUUUUUCGCUUAAAUGGAGAAGAGUGGAUAUAGGGAGUGCACUACACUGAGAAAAGAGAAGAGUACUGUUCCACCUUAAUGUGUUGGUGUGAUGUGUACAAAGUUUGUCCUGUUCCCAUUUUCCUUUUGUGUUGUUUUCCUCCUCUCCUAUGAGGAAGGGAUUUGGAGGGUAAAUUAUUUAAGAAACUUUUAAGAGCAAAUUAGGUUUGUUUACUGCAUUUGUACUCAAGAGAGACAGAGGGUGGGGAAGAGGGCCUCUGCAAAAGACUGCAAAUAGCCACCACAUUACCAUGAUCGCUUACCCAAUCAGACAAUCUGUGGGCUCAGAUAGAAACAACAGUUCUCUAUUGAUGAUUAUUUUCUGUAUUUUGUUGGAGGGGAGGGGGACUGAGGCCAUGCAUUCGUCAUGCCUGUUUUCUGUUUUUGAUGUCUGAUUUCAUGCCCUUUGCCAUUGCCAUGCAUAGAACCCAGUCCAAAGAGCCUUUCUUUUUUUUUUUUCCUUUCAUGCAUUGAUUUAAAAAGAUCCACUGUUAAGUGUUGCUUCUUGUUCUUAGCUUGCUGUGGUCUCAGUCAACAGUCAGAGCACAUUGAAUCAAAAGAGCAGACCAUAGAUUUUUUGCCAUAACUAUUCUAAAAAUGUUAUUAUUAAACAAAUAUUAAGCUGAUGACACAAGUGAGGUUAGGAUGUUUAAAAGAAAUACCCUUAGUUUGACAUCUUAUGUAAUAUUUCAGUGAUGUAACACUUUAGAGAUUGGGCCAAACUUUCUUUGUCUUUUCCUUUUUCUUGGAUGAGUUUUUAGAUGGCCCUGCAAAAAAAAAAAAAAAAAAUCCAUCCAUAAAAAAUAAGGGUCACGAUUGCACUAUAGCUAAUGUUAAUACGUUUACAGUUUUAUUUCUUUGUUUGUUUUUUCCUUUCAGAAUGAACUGUAGUCAGCCCUUGAUAACCCAGGGUUAUGAAUGGCCAAGAUGAUUGAUGAAUGUAAAUUGUAGCAUUGCUUUGGUGAGGGUCACAGUCUAUUUUUAUGAUAUAGUAAAUUAUUGAAUCUGUGUUUAUCAUGUGGUUCCAUUUUUCUUUUUUUUUUUACUCAUAAAUUGCAAUUCUUCAGAAAAAUGAUCUUUAGAUUAACUUAAUUAACAGUGAUGUUUUGACCUUAUCAUUUUGAAAUGAUGCAAACGGGUCUUCCAGUGGGGUGAAGCACAGGCAGCAGUUGCCUAAUAAGUGCAAAACUGAGGUUUGUUUCAGGUACUCCACAUGAUUUUAUCCCCCUAUGAACGAUUUCAUAUUGAUCAAAACAAUAAUGUGCUUUUCUAAUUGUAAAAUCACUCAAUAUUUUUUGUAUAAUUUAUUGGUUGCUCAAUUGAGGUAACAAAUAAAAACACAUAAAGAAUUUCUUUGGGUUUACAAUCUAAAUCCCCUCCAGUUUAGUCAGGAAAUUUAACUCCAAAGUUUAUUAGAUAAAUAAUUAAAUUUACAUUUAAAAAUGUUUCAACUGUAAAAGCAAGCCACACUUAUCCCUUAAACUACAUUGAAUUUAGAGACACAGUGCAUUGAAUACAUAUUAAAUCUCCGCUUUCACUAAAGCAUCUUCAAACCGAAUGUUUUUAUCCCCCAUUAAUUCUAAUAGAGUUUUAAGUAUCGCUCUAAUAAAGAGUGCAGUAACUAUAAGGGCCUAGGAAAAUGCGAUAUACUCCAUUGCAUUGAUGAAAGGGGGGUGGAGCAGUGCCUUAGACUGUGAAUGUAGGUUUGUGCCAUAAUAAUGUUUAGAAACAAACAAAAGCAAGGAGGUUGUAUAGAUUAGACUUUUCUCUUACUGAAAAUGUUACUCCACACUUUAAAAUUAUGACUCUAACAACUAUUUGAUACAUUUUAGUUGUCUUAUUUUCUUUUGUGUCAUCUUUGAAUGUAU